UUCGCCAAUAAAACCAGUCGCGCAAGCGGUUAGUUUACGGAAGCGCGUCAACUAGCGCAGACGCAAAAGUGAGGGAUCGUACGCAUCUACUAGCACUGCUUGCUUCCUACUAGCACUGCUUGCUAUUGUGCGCGAAGAGCUUUGGGGGAAAGGUCAUUGGCUUUAAGGGUUAGCGCGAUCAAACGGACGGCUACAUCGAAUCGAACCGAGUGCGUAGACGAGCUGCCGUAUAAAAUUAUUCCUCGAUCGUUUCUAGAAGUGUGACCAACCCCCGUGCACAAAAUGCCGGCAUCCACGGUGAACAAGGAUCUGCAGGCGGAGCGGGAUAAGGGUAGCUUCGAUAGGAACGAGUUCACCCUCUGGUGGGUCGGCGGCAAGGAAAAGCUGAAGGAAAAGCAGGAUCUAGAAACCUUUUUGGCCAACGAUCCCGACUUCCACAACGAAACGCCGAUCCACUUCCUGUCCCACAAGGAGCUGUACGAGGAAACGAUCCGCCAGGCGACGGCCAUCUUCCGCAAGGUGCGCAAAUUCCACGAAGAACGAGGCAAUGGCGAUCCGUCCAACUACAUGCAAAUUCUGGGCGGUCUGCUCGGCAACGGUAUCAUCCGGCAGGGCAAUCCACUCGGCAUCCACUUUGCCAUGUUUGUGCCGGCCCUGCUCGGGCAUGGAUCGCCGGAACAGCAGGCGGAAUGGUUGCCCCGUGCGUUGAAGUGUCAGCUGCUUGGGACGUACGCACAGACCGAGCUGGGUCAUGGGACGUUUCUGCGCGGGCUCGAAACGACCGCCACGUACGACGAGCGGACGGAGGAAUUUGUGCUGGAAAGUCCUACGCUCAGCUCGUACAAAUGGUGGCCCGGAGGAUUGGCGCACACGGUUAACUACUGCGUGGUGAUGGCGCAACUGUUCUCCAAGGGACAGUGCCACGGCAUCCAGCCGUUCAUCGUGCAGCUGCGCGACGAGGAGUCGCACAUGCCCAUGAAGGGAAUUGUGAUUGGGGAGAUUGGCAACAAGCUCGGCAUGAACGGGGUGAACAAUGGCUAUUUGGGCUUUGAAAAGGUGCGCAUUCCGCGCAAGAACAUGCUGAUGAAGAACGCCAAACUGCUGGAGGACGGCACGUUCGUGAAGCCACCGUCGCAGGCACUUACGUACGGUACGAUGAUGUUUGUGCGCGUCAUAAUCGUGCGCGAUACGGCGCUCCAUCUGGCCAAGGUGGCGACCAUCGCCGUGCGGUACUCGUGCGUUCGUCGCCAGAGCCACAUCAAUCCGGAUCAACCGGAAGUGCAGGUGAUCGACCAUCUGACGCAGCAGUACAAACUGUUCCCCUCGAUUGCGCGCAGUAUCGUGUUCAAGCUGACGUCGGACAAUCUGUGGGAGAUGUACAACCAGGUGACGUCCGAGCUGGAUCAGGGUAAUUUGGAGCGGCUGCCCGAGUUGCACGCGAUCGCCUGUUGUCUGAAGGCGGUCACUACGGCCGAUGCGGCCAAGAGUGUGGAGACGCUGCGUAUGGCUUGCGGUGGGCAUGGCUACAUGACGUGCGCUAACUUCUACAACACGUACGGUUUCGUGACAGCCGCCUGUACGUAUGAGGGGGAGAAUACGGUUCUGUUGCUGCAGACGGCCAGAUAUCUUAUCAAAGUGUGGAACCAGGCACUGAAGGGACAACCGCUCGGGCCGACGGUGCAAUACCUGAACAGCUUCAUCCAGAGCCGAAACAAUCGCCAUGCGUGGAUUGAUACCGUGCCGGGGAUUGUGAAGGCACUGCAAACGGUGGCUGCUGGCAAGCUGCGCCUAGCGAACGAGCACGUGGAGCAGCGCAAAAAGGCCGGCUACACGCACGAGGAGGCGGUCAAUCUGACCUCGCUCGAGCUGGCCCAAACGGCCGAAGCGCACUGUCGCGCCUUCCUGGUGCAGUCCGGGCACGAGAUGAUCGAGAAGCUAUGCCAGAGGGUGUCGCCCGCCCUGGCGAAGGUGAUGCGAACCGUUGGCGAGCUGUACGCUUACAACGAGGCGCUCGACUCGAUCGGUAGCCUUGUUCGGUUCACAACGAUCAGCGAGAGUGACAUUAAUCGACUGCAGUCCAAGCUGGAAUCGGCCCUGCUGGCCAUCCGGCCGAACGCGGUAAGCAUUGUGGACGGGUUUGCCAUCCCGGAUGUGCUGCUCGGCUCGCCGCUCGGUGCGUACGAUGGCAACGUUUACGAGCGGCUGUACGAGGAGGCCCAGAAAAGUCCACUCAAUAAGGAACCGGUUAACAAAUCAUUCCAUCUGUAUUUGAAACCGUUCAUGCGCUCGAGCUUGUAAAAAGGAGCUUGUAGCCGGGCUCAAUCAACACACCCACGCUUGAGUGGGUCGAACAUGGUGCUACCAAUCGUAUGUUAUCGGGGGUUAUGGGAACUGUUAUCUACAUGGGCUAUAAUAAAACGACGUUAUUCAAAACUGAUUAAACUGUA